UUCCACUUAAUAGGUUGCGUCUCCUGUGCUGUCACUAGGAAGAACAGAGGUUAGUGACACUGGGAGAAAAGGAGAGCGGCGAGACGGAGAGAGAGAGGCUCUACACAUCAUCCGCAGCUGAUACAGACAGUUUCAUCCUCAGACUUUUGCUCAACACUACACACGGACUGGACUAAGGGCUCCUACUCCCUCCAGAAGACUAUGGCCUCAACAGCUUUUUUUAAAGGCACAGGCCUCCUGCUCUUCUUACUACUGGGACUGCAGCCAUCGUCAUUUAUUUCAGGACAAAACAUCACCUCAAGUUCCAAUUCAACGGCCGAUGCUGCAUCAACUGUGAUGUCACCUGGCAUGAGUACUGACUCUGCAGCAACUAUCGUGACAGCUACCACAGCUCAAACUACAAUGUUGUCUGCCAUUUCUUCUAUGAAUGCUACAAUGUCGUCUGCAGGGUUGGGUAGUGGAACCGCAAGCACGGGCAAUGCCACUUCAUGGGGCACCAGUGGCAUGACCAUGAUAUCCUGUCGCCAGUUCUCCUGUAACUACUCAGACUGCAACGAUGUGUACAUGAAUAUGACUUCUGUUUCAUGCAACGCUAAUAUCACCUUCUGUGAGCUGAAGAGACAGGAAGACAUGACAUACACUGGUGGCUGCAGUUCCUCCUGCAGUAAUGCCUGUGUCAACGACACUCAGACCAACUGUUCCAUGGGAUGCUGCAACUCCACUGGCUGUCUUAGCUCUACCCUGGCCUCCAUGGUUCGCCCAAACACUACAACAGUGACUACAGUGAUGAUGACCACCACCACAACCACAGUAGCAGCCACCACCACUACAACUGCUGAGCCAACCAAUAAACUUAAGAGGUGUCAGAUGUUUCAGUGCACAGAGCAGAACUGUUACAAGACUUGGAUAACCAAAGACCCAAUGCCUUGUCCCCUCAACCAGCCCUACUGUGAGCUGAAAAAGAUGACAACUGGUUCAACAACGAUCUGGAUGGGAGGCUGCAAUGCCAACUGCACAAGAAACACCUGGUGUACGACCACAACAGAUACAUGCCACCAAGAGUGCUGCAACACCUCCAUGACCUCCUGCCUCAAGCUGGAUGGUACUCUGAACGUUCCUUCUUCUGACGCUAGGGGUCUGCACUUCCCUUUAGCAUUGGUCACUGCUGCUCUGCUGGUUUGUCUGCUCAGCAUUGGUUCUCUGGUUUAAACUGGGUCGUGUUCAGCAGGUACCAAGCGGAAAAAAAUGUAUUGAAAGAGGGAGGAAAUUCUUUGACUUGUCCGUUGCAAAAUGGUUUAAAUUGUUGCCUGUUGUGUGACUUAAUGAACACAACCCUGAUGUGUCGACCUACUGAGCCAUUGCUUGAAUAACAUACAGCGGUAGUAGUUAGCACAGAAAAACCUGGUUUCCAUUCCACAUGAAUAGUAUACUGGUUGUAGGUCGAGCCUACUCUGUUUUUGUUUGUUUGUGGGUUUGCUUGUAUAUGAGAUGUAUUGAGGAACUGUAUAUGAGGGCUCAUAUGUGCUUUUGAAAAAUGUAGGCAAUUUAAGUGAUAAUGAUUCCCCUAUGUGAGUCCAAACCAAAUGGGUUUAAAGGGUAUUAUUGAAGAAUAUGAUGAUUAAUAUGGCUACAGAAAGCUACUCGACCAUACCAUCAACCCAUUUAUAAAUCAGUAAUGUGUCAAACAUAAUCCACAGAAGAGGGUAGCUAUUUAUGAUCAUAGAUGACUGACCUAAUGUAUGGUAGGGUAAUUAAUUAUCUGCUUUUUGAUACUUAUUGAGAUUUGUGUAAGUUGAUGUUUACAAUUGUGACAUUUUCAUAAAUGUCCUCUUUUUUUAGGCACACUGUUAUUUUCUUUCGCCAGUGGUUUGCAUGAUGACUUGCAUGUUUUCUUUGAUUUUGCACUUGCAAAGACCUUCUAGCCUAGUCUCAGAUCAGGUUGUGCUCUUGCUCACUCAAUUGCUCAUUGACAAACCAAACAUGCCCAGGACAAGGAGUUGGCAUGAUAGCACAAACUGACUGGCACUCAGGCUAAAGGCUUUCUCCAAUACAAAAGCAAAUAUCUGUUCUUUACAGAUAUUGCAUAAUGACUCAGUUAUUACCUAGUCUUAGAAAGCAUAUUGUGAAAGACAGAUUUUUGCACUUGUAAAAAAACAACAACAUAUAUGUUGGGCUAUAGAAGGUGUUUGAAAUAUUUGUGCUGACGCAUUGAGGUGUAAUUCAUAUCUGUGAAUGUAGUCAUACACUGUACAACUGUAAUGUGUUUUUUACUCCUUUUAUUAUUUCGCUGUAUUCUUAUUUAUAAUUCACCCUCAUAACAAUAUGGAAAUUGAUUUAUAAAAAUUGGUUAUGAAAUUGGGUUAUAAAAAAUGGCAAAGUGUGUAUUUUACAGUAGUUUCAUGGAAAGUUGCCAUACAACACCUGAUAUGGCAUAUCUAAUAUUUGGAGAAAAGUUACAAAAAGAAAUGUGUCAUGUUGGAUACUUUCUACAUUGUGUAUAUUGUACAAACUGUAACAACUGAUUUUAAAGUCACCUAAAUAUAAAUUAAAUAAAUGUUUGACCAAAACAAAAUGUGAAUAUUUUCUUUGAAAUUGUCUGCAGAGCUCACCUGUUAUGAGAUUUAUUUAGCUAUUUGAAUCAACUAGACUUAACAAACACUGCAUCAACAGAAACACAAAAGAUUAUCAACAAGAGGACAGGCCAGGUCCUUAUAGACUUGUUCUUAUUUAGAAUUUGUACCUUAUAAAGUAUUGGCCAUUUGGAAUUCAUACAUAGAUUAAAAGUUCUGAUUAAAACAUUUAAAUUAUGACAAAACAUUAUUAUGUAUUACGUGCCUCAAUGCACCAUGCAUUAGAAUUUGAUUACCAUGGAGAUGGCUGUUAAAACCACAUACAAAUAAUACAUUUUCUGUAGCUGUGGCUAAAACCAUAGAUAUACAAACACUAAUGGUAUAUUGUCUAUGUUUAAAGCAAUAUUGUUGAAAUAUCAUUACAAUUGUAAAGGUUGUGUCAAGCCCUGGUCGAAAUAUAUUAUGUUUAUUUGUCAUUUAUUCGGUCAGGCCAGGGUGUGACAUGGGUUAUUGUGGUGUGCUUUUGUCUUGGGGUUUUGUGGGAUGUCUAGCAUUAGUCUAUGGCUGCCUGAGGCGGUUCUCAAUCAGAGUCAGGUGAUUAUCGUUGUCUCUGAUUGGGAACCAUAUUUAGGCAGCCAUAUUCUUUGUGUGUUUCGUGGGUGAUUGUCCUUAGUGUCCUUGUUCCUGUCUCUAUGUUAGUUUACACUAGUAUAGGCGUUUUCGUUACGUUCAUUUCGUUCUUUGUUUUUGUAGUAUUUGUAUUGAUUCGUGUUUACGUUUGUUAAUUAAACAUGGAUCGCAAUCUACAUGCUG